AUGAUGGUCUUAAUCACAAUUUCCUUCAGAUUGAUAGGUUUUCCACCUCUGAGGCCAGUAAAUCUUUGUACACAACCCAUAUCACCAGUCGUUAUUUUUAUCCAAGCUUCACUGAACCCCCGGUUUUGGGUCGAGAUAAUGGAGGUUGUUUUCGCUCCUGAUGAAACCAAUCUUCUCACUGCUUCCUGGGUUCGUGAAAUCGCGGAACGCCACAACAAAACGUCAGCUCAGAUCCUUCUUCGCUAUUUACUGCAACGAAAUAUAAUUGUGAUUCCGAAAUCCGCCAAUCCGAAAAGAAUCGUGGAGAAUUCCAAGAUUUUCGACUUUACUCUAACCGAUGAUGAAAUGCAAGUGCUCAACACGUCAGGACUGAAUGAACGGCAGUUCAAGUUCCCU